UCUCCUUUCAUCUUCGCUGUGGCAGACGUUUCUAUUUAUCCACUUGCGCUCGCCGAGUGGCGUCACCAGCGGUACUGUAAUGACGAUUGCAGCAGGAGGAUGACAGCUUAGAAAGAAGAGGGCAAUGGGGCUUCCUCCCAGAGGCUGUGCGGCGCAGAGGAGCGCUCGCAUCACAAGGUGACCCUAGCUCCCCACAGCCACCGCCGCUGUCGCCGUCCACACCACGCUCCAGCCGCUCCGCGCCCGCCCAGUAGCCCGGCCUCUCUCUCCCUCUUGCAGUCGAGAUCCAUCCGGCCGCUGGAGACCCAGGGAGCCGGGGUUAGGAACUCACUUGGGGCUUUCCCCUCCCCCACCGGAGAGCCCCGGGAUGGAGAGCCGAAAGGACAUGGUUAUGUUUCUGGAUGGGGGUCAGCUUGGCACUCUGGUUGGCAAGAGGGUCUCCAAUUUGUCCGAAGCCGUGGGCAGCCCGCUGCCGGAGCCGCCCGAGAAGAUGGUGCCCCGUGGUUGCCUGAGCCCUCGGGCCGUCCCUCCGGCCAACCGGGAGCUCAGCGGGGGAGGCCCGGAGGAGAAGCCGAUCGAUGGACUAGCAGGCAGCGCGGCUGGGCCUGGCGCCGAGCCCAGGGUAGCCGGGGCGGCCAUGCUCGGCCCAGGACCCCCAGCCGCCUCUGCCGACGGCCAGGGGCAACCCAGCAGCUCGGACACCGAGUCGGAUUUCUAUGAAGAAAUCGAGGGUCCGGCUCCGAGGCGCUGGUCAGCAGUCCGAACCGAGGGAGCGAGACCCCCAAGAGCAACGGCGGCGGUGGCGGCUCGCAAGGCACCCUGGCGUGCAGCGCCAGUGACCAGAUGCGUCGUUACCGCACCGCCUUCACCCGUGAGCAGAUUGCGCGGCUGGAGAAGGAAUUCUACCGGGAGAACUACGUAUCCAGGCCGCGGAGAUGCGAGCUGGCGGCCGCCCUAAACCUGCCGGAAACCACCAUCAAGGUGUGGUUCCAGAACCGGCGCAUGAAGGACAAGAGGCAGCGCCUGGCCAUGACGUGGCCCCACCCGGCGGACCCCGCCUUCUACACGUACAUGAUGAGCCAUGCGGCGGCCGCAGGCGGCCUGCCCUACCCCUUCCCAUCGCACUUGCCCCUGCCCUACUACUCGCCGGUGGGCCUGGGCGCCGCGUCCGCCGCCUCGGCCGCGUCGCCCUUCAGCGGCCCGCUGCGGCCCCUCGACACGUUCCGCGUGCUGUCGCAGCCCUACCCGCGGCCCGAACUGCUGUGCGCCUUCCGCCACCCGCCGCUCUACCCCGGGCCCGCGCACGGACUGGGCGCCUCGGCCGGAGGCCCCUGCUCCUGCAUUGCCUGUCACAGCGGCCCGGCCAGCGGGCUGGCGCCCAGGGCCGCCGCCGCCUCGGACUUCACCUGUGCCUCCACCUCCCGCUCGGACUCCUUCCUCACCUUCGCGCCCUCGGUGCUCAGCAAGGCCUCCUCCGUCGCGCUGGACCAGAGGGAGGAGGUGCCCCUUACCAGAUAAGGGGCCGCCAGCUGGCUGCCUGCCGGCUCCAGGACGCCCGUGGGGUCACCCCCGCCCCCGGGACUCAGCCAGCCUCGCUCCUUGCCCCCAGGACGCCAACGGGGAAAGGAGAAGGCGGAAAAGGACUAGCGGGAUCAGGUCGCAAGAAUCGGGAAGCCUAGGAAGUGGCCGUGGGUGGCGCGUUUGGGGAGCAGGAGUGGGGAUGGGGAAGCAGAGGUUGAGAGUCCUUCCACCGGGGCGGCCUCCGGAUCCACCGCCCCCACCAGAGUUGAGGCUGUAGCUCCAAAGCUAAACAAAACUUAGCAGCAACAACCAACUUCCAGCCCCCUGUCCCUCACCCUCCAGCUCACAUGCCCUCUCACCUGGCCCCCUCUCCCCAGCCAAGGCCCAAGCACUGGAAAGGGAAAUUGCUAUCUCUCUGAACAAAAUGCUGUGUAUGCAGAGCAGGUAGAGAUUAAUCUUUGCCAGCUUUUCCAAGGCAUGGCAAGGGGUUGGUGGAUGGCAACAUACCAGUCAUUUGGAGGAGGGAGUGAGAGAUGAUUUACUACCAGGGAGGAUCCAGCCCCUUGGCAUGGAACCUGGAGCCUCAACUACGCAGCAUCUUCUGGGUCUGGCGUCUUCCAACAUCCGAUCUUCUUCCUCAUUCCCAGCUUUAUGACACCUCUCAAUGUGCAGCUCCAUCUCUCCCUGCCCCCACUUUUUUGUUGGCAGGGAGGCUGCAGAUGCCCCAGGAGCCCUUGGCAGCUUCUAUGAGGCCAAGCCUCUUUUCCCUGGGCCCAGCACACACCCUGAUUAGCAAGUGAUGUGUGCAAGGAGGGCUUGUGAACAUUAAAUGUAUAAUAAUGAUCACCACGGAGCUGGCCACUGAGCCCAGAGCUGAGCUGUUAACAAGGUGCCCAGGGAAAAGCUUAGAGAGUGGGAACUUCAUCUCCCUCUCUCCGUAUCUGGCGGCAAAUUAGAGGCAAUUUUCAUCCUUUGCCUGUUCACCUUCACUUUACCAGGAGUUUUCUGGCCCUACCCUUUGCACUGGGCGUUUUACAUCUUUCUCUCAUUUUCUUCCCCAGCUACCACUGGUGCUUGACUUUCAGAUACCAGUGGGAGCCUUCUGCCCCUUCUGGGGACCCUGUCUCUGCCCUCCACCAAGGUUUGUUUAGAGACACUCCCAAAUCCUCACUCCCAUACUCAUUCUUGCAGCCAGUUUUUGAGGAAGAGGAGAACGUGUACCCCCCAAUGCAAGCUUCAUCCUCACCGAGAGGGAGUGGCUCUUCCUGUAGGGAAUAAAUUUGGUUUGGUUUGGGGUUUUCCUUUGAAGCCCAAAGAAUUUGCUGUUAUGAUUUGUUAACCAUAUUGCAAUAAAAGCUGGACAUAAUUCUCACUUUA